GGGUCAUUCUUAACAAAAGGAAAAGGGAGGUGCUUUCUUACCCUUGGGUUCGGGUACAAGCCCCAAAAGAAAAAGAACACUCAGCUUCGAUCCCUGGGCCUAAUCAUCUUAAAUGGGUGCUCUUCAAGCUACAGUUUUCUUCUUGAUUCUACUGAAAGCAUGCGACGUUGUUGACGCCGAGGAUGAUGAAUGGAAGACUGCUACUGCAACAUACUCCAAAGAAACAGACGGGUCGAUCAUUACAGAAGGAGCUUGUGGUUAUGGAGACCUCCACAAGACGAGUUAUGGGAAGCACAGUGCUGGCCUGAGUUCCAUAUUGUUCAACAAGGGGAGUUCUUGUGGCGCUUGCUAUGAGCUGAGAUGUGUUGACCACAUAUUGUGGUGCCUGCAGGGAAGCCCAUCUGUUAUUCUCACUGCUACAGAUUUCUGCCCUCCCAAUUAUGGGCUCUCAGCCGAUUAUGGUGGCUGGUGCAAUUUCCCCAAACAACACUUUGAAAUGUCGGAGGCAGCAUUUGCUGAAAUUGCAGAGAGAAAAGCUGAUAAAGUUCCAGUCCAGUACAGGAGGGUGAAGUGUGAAAGAAGGGGUGGGCUGAGAUUCAGUCUCAGUGGAAAUUCACGCUUCUUUCAAGUUCUUAUCACCAAUGUAGGUUUGGAUGGUGAAGUUGUUGCUGUGAAAGUGAAGGGAUCAAGAACGGGAUGGAUACCUAUGGGAAGAAAUUGGGGACAAAACUGGCAGUGCAAUAUCAAUCUCAAAGGACAGCCUAUAUCUUUUGAGGUGACCGCCAGCAGCGGCAGAACACUCGCAUCUUACGCUGUUGCUCCAGCAAAUUGGCAGUUCGGACAGACAUUUGAAGGGAAACAGUUCAAGUAAUAGAAGUUUAAUUUGGAACUCAAAAACUUGGAAGUUGGAACGCUUUAAUCUUCAUUCUUCAUUUCUGGAAUGUAGCUUGCAUUUUGAAACUUUUCAAGUUUUGAUCAUGAUCGGUUCAUCAGAAUGGAGGAUCCAAGCACAUUUUUACAGAUGAUAGCCACAUGCAUCUCUAGUCACUGAUCAAAGUUUCCAGCUAUCCAGCCUAUCCCACAAAGAGGUUAUGGUCAAAAUCUGGGUUGAAAGUUACGUAGAAAGUUGAAAAAAUUGAAUACGAGGUCCCCUUUUUUGUCUCUUUAUGAUAUAGUGAUCAGGAAAGCAGGAUUGUAGGUGGAAUGUGCAAUUAUUAGAAGUAACAGUGAAUGUACAGUACCAUGAUCUUUUUCCUUGGCUUUUACAGGGACUACUUGAUCGGCUUUACGAAUUAUGUCGUCCUUCGAGAUGAUUCGCUCAGACAUUAGAUUCUAAAGGAAAAACAAACCAUUAACCAGACUAGAGAGAGAGAGAGCGUGUUUUUGCUGCAGUGCACGUCAAUUUCCUCUGUAAGUUACGUUUGAGAGGUGGUCUUGCUGGGAGGAGUACUAUCUAUAGUAUUUAAUAUUUAAACACAUAAUUUUUAAAUAAUUAAAUUCGAAUUCUUCUACAGAUCAGCCACUGUAGUGCAUCAGCAGCUGCACACAAGAUUCUGCUUGAUAAAAAUUUUGAAUUUAAGAUAAAAUAUUAAAAUAUUAUAUUUUAGUAUUAUUAUUGUUUUAAGAUUUGAAAAAGUUAAAAAAAAGUUAAAUUAUUUAUUAUAUUUUGUAUGGUAAUUUGAAAAAAUUGUAAUGAUGAGAUGAGAAUUUUAAGUUUGAGAUGAAAAUUUUCAUCUACCAAACGGAACCUUAAUUUUUUUCGAGCAAAACGUGCGUUUUGGAAAAGUGAGUUUUUCUUUUGCCCCAUUUGAAUUUUGUAUGCAUCUCGCGAAACCCACCAUUCUCCCUCGCUGAACCCGAGCCGCCUUCCUCUUCCCAGCGCCACCUUGUGACGACGUCUCUUUUAUUAGUGCCACCUCGCAACGCUCCUUCAUCUACCCAGCGUCGUCAGUCCCUGCGAGCUGAUUUAACGGAGCAAAUCAAGUGAAAUCUUGCGAAGACCCCUCGCCAGGCAACCCACGCAUGCGUGCACGCUCCUUUGCAAGUUAGUUGGGUUUGGCAAGAUGAUCUUCUUGCAGUGGAGCUCCCAGCCCCUCCUUGGAAGAAAUUGCUCUCUCUCUCUCUCUCUCUCUCUCUCUCUGUGGAAUAAAUUCUUCGACUUUGUUAUUGCAGUUUUUAGCUUUCUCUUCCAGCACCUCCUUGGAUGAAAUGAGUCUUUUUCUCUAUCUCGAGAAUAAAUUCUUGUACUUUGUUGUCGUAGAUUUCGGUUUUCUUGAAAUUUUUGUUCUAUUAUGCUCGUAUGUAAAAUUUGGUACCUGGUUUUUGCUUGAUUUGUGUCAGCGUUCUAUAAUAUGUGGUGGGAUAUGGUUGAUAAUAUAGUUUUUUUUUCUUUUUGUCUCCUACGGCUAGGGAUUGUGCUUGAAUUUUGUGUCGGGUGAGUGAUUUUGUGUUUAGGGUUUUCUUCUCCUUUUCUUUUGGUAGAAUGUAAAAAUGUUUGCUCCUUUCACCAGCUUACUAAUAAUUUAUUCGAUUACUAAUUUUACAAUAAACUAUUUUGCAUUCUAAAAAAUUGGUUUGAGAUGAGAAGAAGAUAGUAGAAAAUUCAUGCAAAAGUUGUGCUCCCUUGACAGAGGUUUCUUGGUUUUUAGAAUUUCUACCUCUGUCCUCUAGAAAUUGCAAUAGCUAUGAUGUGCCUGGCUUUGUUUUCUGAGACUUGCACCCUUUUGAUCAAGCGAUAUAUUUGUUUGCCUAAUCCUUGUAUUAUUUUGGCUUAAAGCCUUUGUGAACUCUACUACUUUUGUGUUUAUGACACUUGUGUUUCUAUGUAGUAAUUAAGCCUUGAGGAGAUUUUUUUACCACAUUUGGCAGGAAAAGUGAAACUUGAAUUUGGUUAGUAGUUGCUGUUUGGAAUGACUGUGAGCCUGUGGUAUACUUCUUAUAAUGCAGUUAUUGGUGUACAAACAUCAAAUUUGUUCUCUUUAAAUAACUUAAAAUAUGAAGAACGAGAGUUUCAUGGACGCUCUACCAAUGUCACUGUAUCGAGUGCCACAUGCAAAUCAAGAUACAUAUGCUAAUAUAUCAUUGACUAGUCAUUCCCUUUAGAAGGUUUGGAUUUCUUUUUUUUCUUUAUUUUGGGUUUAUAAUUGCUCUGGUAUUUGCUUCAUUAACUUUUUACCUUUUUUUGUUUCAGUGAAUGAUUUAGUCAAUCUAGCCAUGUAUUAUAGUUAUAAGUCUUACUAAUUGUGUCGUUUGACUUUCGGUAUUACAUAUUCAAUUGAAUCAAUUCCUUGUUCUAAUUAUUUUUUCGCCUAGUAUUCAAUUUCACUGUCCCUUAAUUAGUUUAUGUGAUGUCUCUAUUUAUUAAAAAAAAAAAAAAGUUUAUGUGAUAUCUCUAGGAUGUUUGUUGAAAUAUUUAGUUGAGGUUUGGCAAAAUGAGUAGUUGGUUCAUAAUUCAUUUGAGUGGAAAUUCAAAAGAAUUAGCUUGUCCAUUUCUUGUACAAUAUCACCCACAACUUUUUCUUUAUCAAUAUGUAUUGUUGUCUGAUCCAACCAAUUCGUGAAGGAACUGGUUGGUAUGUUUGAACCAUUCUGAUUUAUUUGAUUAAGAUGUUCGAUUUAAGUAGUUAGUACUGAUGGGCUUUCUUUCAAGAUGCUUUUGAAUUUAACCAUACUAUGUUGUAUUUAUGAUAGGGAGCAUUGAGGCAUGAUUUCAGUUGGUUUGGUGCUUAGUUCAUAAUUCUUAUUGUGUGAUGCCAGGUUUAUAAUUCUUGCGCUAAAUUUAAUAUUUUCUUGAAUUUUAAGGUUUAUUUACAUUGUCUUGUGAUAUUUUCAAGUGGUUUUAAUGUGUUGUACAGAGGAGGAAAAGCCAUAUUGAUGAUAAAACUAUGCACACUGGAGGAAACAAGAAAAUGAGACUACUUAGAUUAGAAUCUUGGAUUUUAGAAUAUUGGAUUUUGGAAUGACUAUUAUGAGACUACUUAGAUUGUAAUAAGCUCAUUUGUAAUGUUGUAUCUAAUUGGAAUGAAUAUUAUGACUCAAUAUUUUACUAGAUGACUUAAUCCAAGGAUGAUUAUUUGAUGGCA